ACAAAAAAGAGGCUCUGCAAUUUCUAACUUCUUCACUUCUACUAAUUUUAUUAGAAAAUCUCAAUGAUAUGUAGCAAAAUAACUAAUUCUUUGUAGAAAAUAACAUUAUAAACAUUAAUGAAUAUGUCUGCUGACAAUAUCGUUAUGAACUCUUGUCAGUAUACACCCGUAUACUUCAUAGAAGAUCCUGGUGUGAGUCAGGCGAGAUCCUAUUUUAUAGCGCCAAACGAUCAAAACGCGGACAAACCCGUGAGCGAGAGCUUGAAAAGAUUCUACGAAAAUAGCGGUAAAUUGGAAUCUAACCUAACAGUCGCCGAUAACUCAUUCAAACCGAAAAAUAUAAAGAAAAAUGACACCAAUGUCGUCGGAAACAAUCUAAAGCUCGCUAGUUUCCUUUUACCAAAAUGUGAAACCAAAAAUGAAUUAUGCCAACCAAUGUUAACCCCAGUGAACAAUGUAUUGCUAAAACCAGUAUAUAUCUCAAACAACCUCAAUGUAAAUAGCGUAAGCAGUCAAAACCCAGUACCUAAGAUAGAUGUAAACAGUAGGCUUGUUAAACUCAAGGACCUGCCAAACAUUGUAAGAUCUCAGAAUGGAAAAAUAUUGCCAAAGAUUAAACCAAAAGAAAACUGUCCUUCAAAUAAACAGAAACAAAUCACAAUGCAAGCUGUACCACCUGUGCAAUUAGUCAAGUUUGGUGAGACAUACCACAGUCUCAACCAACUAAGCAAUGACCAGAUGAAGAUAGUAAAUCAUGCAUUGAAAAUGUUUAACAACGCACAGGCCAGUCCUCCUGAAGCCGCCUAUGAUCCAGCCACCAACACAAAGUUCAUUUAUAAGGUGGUUUCACAAAAGGAUUUUGUUGAAAGGAAUAAAUUGAAUAAGCAAAUAACUGCGGAAAUAAAGAAAGAACCCAUUAAGUUAGAACAGCCUGAAGUUAUGGAAGAGGAUGAACCAAAAAUGGCUGUUGAGGCAAAAGUUACGCGUAGUGGCAGAGUAGUAAAGUUGCCAAAGAAUAUAAUUGUAGAUGACUCGCCAACAAAACCUAAGAGAAGACCUACUUCGAUAGUCUCAUGCCUCCAGUGCAACUCUAAAUUCAGCAGCCCACAACGUCUACACCGGCACUAUGAGAACCAUCCGAGUCACCUACCAACAAAUCUACACAACAAUCUGUUCCACUGCCUCAUAGCCAUAGUAACAGCUGGCUCGGAGAGCGAGCGAGCUGGUAUACUAGUACAGCAGCUAGAACAACUGGUCGAGAAGUUGAAAUCAUGUGUACCAUGCUUGUUGAAAUGUGACGGUGUGAAAGACAACAUCAGUUUGAUUAGUAAUGAUAUAAGCAAGCUAUUUGGUAUAAACCCUGGCAAGUACAAUUUCAACAUGGAUGCUCUCGGUUGUGAAAAGGACAAGGAUGGUUACUGUAGUCACAACCCGCGACCGUUAAUUACUGUAACGGAUAAUAUUAAACCACAUAUAAUACUAGAAAACAUCAAAAAUAGUGUUUCCAAAGGUCCUAGUAAUAUUUUGAAAGUGAAUUUUCAAGAUCGAAGACCAAAAAUCCUUAGAAAAGUAGAAUAUAGGAAGCAAAAGCUAGAACAAAGUAGUCAUAAUGUCAACGGAAAGAAAAUGAAACUUUCAGAAGAUAAAAAUAGUAAUAGUUUAGAAAUAGAUGAUUUAGUUGCUCUAUUAAGUGAUACAGCAAAGACUGAAAAUAAGGAAUCAAAAGUUAUAGAUGAAGUUAUGUUAAAUGAUCAGAAAGAGAUUACCCUUGACACAGUUGCAGAGAACUCAGAAAAAGUGCCUAAACCACCCCACACACACAUUCAAUUUCAUAGUGCACAUUUCGAUAUCAGAUCGUCGCCGAUUAAACCAACUUCUACAGUAUUUAGAAAAUUUCAAAUCAAUCCUGAAAAGAUGACAAAAUAUAUUGAAAUUAUAAGACCAAUACAAUUAAAUCAAUUGGCACAAGAUGUAGAAAUCGCAGAUAACACAAGUAAUAUUGACACACAAGAGAUUUUUAGUGACAAUAAUAUAAUUUCUUCUAAAGAAUCUGAGACUGACACUACCAAAAAUUGGUGUCAAGAGCCUACAGAUUUCAUGAACCCAAACAAUUUGAUGCAUGCCCAUAUGGAUAACUUUAUGAAGCCAAAUGCUGUAGUAGAACCUGCGUUAUUGCAUGUUAAAAAUAGCCCCACAGCUAAUAAUCAAGUUGCUAAUGAAUUAGUUCACGUUGAAAACGACUCCAAAGUAGCAACAAAACAUAAUGACUUGGCAGACUUUAUGAAAUCUGAUAUCUUCACUAAAGAGUUAUUACAAGUUGAAAAUGACUCUAGAAUAAAUAAAGAUACAAAUUCCACAGAUUUCAUGAAAGAAUUAAUACAUGUUGAUACUACUUGUCAGUUAAAUAAAGUUAAUAAUCGGCCAGAUUUUAUGAAAUGUAAUAUAUCAAUAGAACCACUCUUACUUGCUCAAGAUAACCAUAAGAUAACAAAUAAGAUCACUGAUCAGGUAGAUGAUUUUAUGAAAACCGAUGUCUUAAUAGAUCAAUCAUUACCAUUAUUAGAUACUCAAGAAUGUAAUAUAUCUGAUAGCAAUGAUUAUAUGAAAUCGAAUAUUUCAAUAGAACCUGCUUUAAUACAUAAUCAAGAUGCAAAAGUGGACAAAUUUGCUGAUCAAACACAUAGUUUUAUGAUGUCAAAUGGCUUUAUAGAUCCAACAUUACCUCAUAGUAAUAAUGUUGAUAGAGUAACAGAUGUCACUGAAAACAACGAAAUAGACAUAACUAGUCAAGGACAAUCCAUAAUGAGCUUCUUGGAGUCAUUAGGCAAUGAGCUAGCAUACACUGAGACUGAUAAUAGAAAUAAUCCAGUAGAUUUCCAAUUAGAUUUAUUUUCAUUCAACAAUUCAUAGGCUAAUCUGUAAUAAUGUUUAGAACAAUUUGAUUUACACUUAUUUUUACAAAAUGUAUUUGUUAUUUUAGAUUUAUAUGUAUCAGUACA